AUUGUAGUUAAUGUUGAUUAUUUAUUUUGUAUUCAAACAAAAUUCUCCUUUUAUUAUUGAGGAAAUAAAACUGAUAUAAAAUGGCUAUUCAUUUUUCUAUAAAAAGAUGUGUUAUGCAACCUUGUAAAAUUCUGUCUAUGGUUCAUUUUUCUACAUCAAAUAUUUUAAAUGCAUGGACAGGAAAAGAAUCAUUGGAUGUUGAUGAUCCUGAAAUGUUUAAGUUGAUUCAAAAAGAAAAAAAGAGACAAACAGAAGGUUUAGAAUUAAUUGCUUCUGAGAAUUUUUGCAGUAAAGCAGCUUUGCAAGCAUUAGGAAGUUGUUUAAACAAUAAAUAUUCAGAAGGCUAUCCAGGUGCUAGAUAUUAUGGUGGGAAUGAUGUUAUUGAUGAUAUCGAAAGACUUGUACAACAAAGAGCAUUGAAAGCUUUUCAUCUUGAUUCUGAAAAAUGGGGUGUAAACGUACAAGUUUACUCGGGGGCACCAGCAAAUUUUGCUAUUUACACCGGUCUUUUAAAUCCUCAUGAUCGAAUAAUGGGACUUGAUUUACCACAUGGAGGCCAUUUGUCUCAUGGUUUUUCCACAGAUACAAAGAGAGUUUCAGCAACAUCAAAAUUUUUCGAGUCAAUGCCGUACAGGCUCAAUGAACGCACUGGACUAAUUGACUAUGAUAAAUUGGAGGAAACUGCACAUCUCUUUAGACCAAAAAUUUUAAUUGCUGGAACAAGUGCUUAUUCAAGAUUAAUUGACUAUGAGCGGAUGAAAAAGAUCAGUUCAAGCAUUAAUGCUUAUCUUCUUGCUGAUAUGGCACACAUAAGUGGUUUGGUUGCUGCCAGAGUCAUUCCCAGUCCUUUUGAUUAUGCUGAUGUGGUAUCUACAACAACUCAUAAAACAUUAAGGGCUGUAAGACACUCUUUGAUAUUUUAUCGCAAAGGGGUAAGAAGUAUAAACAGUAAAGGAGAAGAAAUCAUGUAUGAUUUAGAAAGACCAAUCAAUGAUGCUGUCUUUCCAGGUCUACAAGGUGGACCGCAUAAUCAUUCAAUGGCUGGUGUUGGGGUUGGACUACAUCAGGCCAUGACACCAGAGUUUCGUGAUUACCAAGUUCAAGUACUAAAGAAUGCCAAAACCAUGGCAGAACAACUUAUGGCAAAAGGUUAUGACAUUGUAUCCAAUGGAACUGACAACCAUCUUGUAUUAGUUGAUUUGAGACCAAAGGGCAUUGACGGUUCACGCGUUGAGUUUGUAUUAGAUCAAGCAUCUAUUACAGCCAAUAAAAAUACAGUUCCAGGAGAUAAAAGCGCCAUGAAGCCUAGUGGUUUAAGAUUAGGUGCUGCUGCACUUACGUCAAGGAAUUUUAAAGAAAACGAUUUUGUAAAAGUCAUCGAUUUAUUAAACAAGGGGGUUGAAAUCGGAUUGGAAGCUCAAAAAUUAACUAAAACAUUAAAAGAAUAUAAAUCAAUAUUUAAAACCAACCGGACGAUUAUGGACGGAGUAGAUUCGUUACGUCAAGAGGUGUGCCAGUUUGCAUGUACUUUUCCAAUGCCGGGAUUAGAUGAUUUAUAAAAUAUAUUGUAAAUACAAUUUUUAUAAAAUAUAAAAUCUUUUUUUA